GAACACACCGCCUUCUGACUGUAGCACUUUGUUGAUAACUUGUAACUUCCAUGAUUUAUAAACCACUCUGGUUUGAAGCUCCUUCCUAAAAAGAGGGGACAUAUUUUUAAUUGGCCCUCCCUCUAGGUAAUUCCGGUAUCUCUAAACCUGGGCCCUAUUUUAUAUAUAUUUUGGGGUCUAAAUGACUAAAAGCUUUGGAAUUGGUCCAGUAGAUCGCCUCAGCCGCCAAAUGGGCUGCAAUGGUUGCAACGUAAUGCUUGCGCCCGUUGAAAUCUCGCGAGAAGUGAGUUGUUGCAGGACGAUGACAGUGGAAACGUGUAUCAGAGGAGUUUGUUGUGUUGGAGUCUACAGAAAACGUUGCUGUAUUUGUCUUAACCAAAAGACUUGCGAAUUGUGCUUCGCACAGCUUUCAUAGACUACCUUUUUCAGAUAGGGCAAAACUGAAGUUAUGGCUAGCUGUGCUACAAGUGGAUGCUAAUACCCAUGUCCAGACUGCGCCUUGCAGACCAUAGGGUCUGCAGUGACCAUUUUUACCGGGAUGACUACUGCCAGCCAAAGAGGAGAAGAAAUGCUAUAGCAAAGCACUUUCUCCUAAAGAAAAAUGCUGUUCCAAGAGUAGAGAUUCCUGCUGCAGACAGAGUGGAAGUAAUGUUAUUAGCUAAAGUUAGUGUGUUGACACAGGAAAGCAUGGCAGUCCGUUUUGCCGUGAUACCGGUAUUCCCAUGCGUGAGGCAGAUUUGUCUAGGCGUGGCUUUUGAGGACCCCUAGUCGACUAACCUGGAAAUAAACAUCCGAUUACGUCUCUAUCGCAUUAAUUUGUCGGUGUCUUUUGAAACAUUACAAUUUAAACAUUGAUUUUGGUGCCCGUGUAAAGGAAAUUCAGAAUUUGUUUCUAAACAUAUUAGAAAUGUAUUGCAGACAACACGUUACAAAGACUGAACUAUGUAGUACUGAAUUGUGUCUAACUGAAAUGAGUUAGACGUUAAACAGUUUUUCACCAUUUUUGUGUUCAGGAUUUUCAGGGCGGGCCUGAAAUCAUGGCCGGAUGACGCACUGGAGCCACCGAGCAUGGCCCCUCCCCUAACGCCAUAAUAACUAGCGCAUUAGCGUCAGUGAUUAGCAACAGUCAUUGCCCUUAGUUACAGUCUACAGUUGGCUAGCUAGCUAGCUAUGCCUUUGUCCCGCAAAUGCAUUUUCCCUGGAUGCGAGAAUUUACAAAACAACUCGGUAUCCUUAUUUAAGUUUCCCAAGAAUGAUGAGAUAAAGAAGAAGUGGAUUGAUUUUGUGAAGAGCCACCUUGAUGGAGAGCUGAGGAUCACCACCAACACGCGCCUCUGCAGUGAACAUUUUACACCGGGUAGUUUUACGAACUUUCAUCGGAGACAACUGGGAUUCACUGAUAAUCCGCUUUUACUGGUGAAUGGGGCCGAACCAACUAUCUCCCGCCCCGGCCUUCAUCCUCCCGUCCCGCCGACAACUGGUGCCAUUGUCGGCAGUUUGUGCCCACCAAUUAGUGGCACAGGUGGCAGCGCUUCUCGAAUUUUGCCCGCUGUAAGACAUGUAGCCUCCCAGACUGACCCCCCAGAGAGAAAAUCAGUCAGCACACAGCUAUCUAUGAAAACUCUGCAGAAUCAUUUCCGAAGUACAGCUACCCAGGCGAGAGUGCCCAGCAGAGAUUGCGGUGUGUGCACCCUCACCUUCCCCUUGGACAGUCCCUUACUGUUCCUACAACCAACAAUAGUAAAGAGACCAUCCAAGAGACCUCGACUCAGCAUUACAGACGAGAAGGAAGGCCCUGCAGAAUGCAGCUUGUCUAUGGUGGUUCAUGAACCAGAGGAUUCAACAUGACUCUGAGGACUCUGUCACUGUCAUGGGUUAGCAGCUGUAUCUUUUUCUCUUUUUUUCCCCACGUUUUUGGAAACUUCUUCAUGGAGAGAAGUUGGUGAAUGACCGAUUUAGUGAAUGGAACAAAUAAUACUGCUGAAUACUUGGAUUUUUAUGGAUUAAAAAGUACCAUGGAACAAGGUGCAGCAAAUUACCAACUUGUGUAAUGGGCUUAACAGUAACCUCUGUCCAACUGAAACGGUGCUAUUCACAGCUAAUGUGGGCUUAUCUAAUAGUUUUUCUUCACUCCCUCUAACAUUCUCAACUUAAUGAACACAGUAAAAGCCCCUAAAGAGAGGGAACCAGUGCUUUUAAAACAUCCCUGUAUAGCACAACAGAAAGUGCUGCAGAAGCCCCACUACCAAAUCCUCCACUGGAACUGUUACAUGUUUGAUAAUGGAAGUCACUGUGUCAACGUAGCACACCACUCCUCCUCCAACUAAUUCUCUUUGUCACUGCUUUAAAGCAGGAACAUUUGUGGUGCCUUGUUAUGUACUGAAAUGUUUAAACAUGUUUAGUGUCUUGUUUCAGUUCCUCCUAUAAACAUGUCUUUCUGUGUACAUUGCAAUUUUACGUCUACAAAAACUAGACAGAGGCAGAGACAAUGUUUGGACCACUUACUCUCUACCAAAGCUACAAAGAUGGAAGCACGCCGUCAGAUAUUAAGCACAGCAUUGUUGAGGGUUCAAUCUGUUUUCACUAUCAGCAAUUCAGAAAAGCAAAUAUGUGUCAAAAUAUAAGUAUACUGCUAUGGCUUCAUACAGCCUCCCAUUCUUACUGCUAAAUUAGGGUUUUAAAAUCAGUGGAAUCUGUGUUUUUUAAAAAUGUGUUAACAGAAAAUGAGAUGGAGCAGGUCAAGAAUAAAUUGUCAGCAGUAUUUGUAAAGGCUGAUCCGUGUUAAAUGAGUUGCAAUGUCUAACCAGCAAUGUACAAAAUUCUUCUUCUUUUUUUUAAAGGAGCAAAUACAAUGUCGCUGGUUCAGUCUUGUGUGAUCUAAUACUACACAAUUUUAUUGUUGAUUCUAUUCUGUUAUUUCACUUUUACUCUUUAUUCUAUCAGUUUAUGUGUUUAUAGGCCUACUGUACAAUGUGUACCCAUCAUUAAAAAAAAAAUCACUGUA